GUAUUCGGUCUGUGUAGCACUUAGGUUUUAUCACUCGGAUCAUUCGGCUUUAAUCGUCCAUUAACGGCAAGCAGACGCUUUCUUAGAGAUAGUCGCAGCAGUUUAGAUUGAUAUGUUAUCUUCUCAACUGUACAAAUUUAAGGGCAUACAAGCUAACAAGAAGAUUGAAUAUGUUUAAGUACAAGGAAUCGUGUAAAACUGUGAGCUAUACAUAUAGUUGAACAUAAAAAUUGUGUGACAAUGAUACAUUUAAAAAAAUUAAAACGUUUAUUAAUUGUAAUCGUGUUUAUGUGCAUUUGUGUUGGAGUAUUACAUGUUGUUUACAAGUCUUUAACGGAUAUCAAAUUACUCACCAGAUAUAUCGGAAACGUCAGUCAAACCGACGAACAAGUGUUAAACUUGACAUUACCGUUGGUAAUUUCUAAGCCAGUCACAGUGACAAAGCCAUUUAUUUCAACGGCAUUAAGAUUCACAAGUUAUGUGCGCUUUUUUAAUACGUCUGCUGACUAUUCAAGUGCAAAGCAGAUUCACAAAUGCGUUGAUCUUAAGAUUCAAUCAAUUGGUAACACUCCCAUAUGUGUGUACGAUCCGGCGAUAGAUAUCUAUGUUUCCAAGUCCAUUAUUGACAACGGUAACUGGGAAGGGGAUCUUAUUAGUUUAGUGGUAAACAUAAUUCAAGGUGCUCGAGAUACAGUUUUCUUGGAUUUCGGGUGCAAUGUGGGCGUAUAUACCCUUGCCAUCGCCAAGUUCGGUCGACAGGUGUCUGCGCUCGACGCCAAUCGGAAGAACCUUGAGAUGCUCACGACGUCACUUCAAAAAGGAAAUCUUACAAAAAUGGUAACGCUAAUCUGGAACGCGCUCUCUGACAAAGCUGAAACCGUUGGAUUUAAGGAGGACAGAAAAAAUAUUGGCGGUCUUCAAAUGGUCGGCGAAGUAAGCAGCACAAGUUUUGUAAGUGACGAAAAUAGCUCUGUUGCUAUUGUACUUGACGAUUUAGUUCCCAUAUUCAGAAAUCAAUCCGUUUUUAUCAAAAUGGACAUAGAAACAUAUGAGCUCAAAGCUAUGUUAGGCGGAAAAAAGUUUUUUAAAGAGGUAGAUGUUAAAUUUCUAUUAAUGGAAUGGAUGCACCAUAAAAUAUCAGAUGUUGGGACUGGGAUCAUACAGUUCAUGACGAAGAGAGGCUAUACACCGUUUAGUCCUCUACAGAGAUCUGUGCCUCUAAAUAUUGAAGACAGACAGCUUUGGUCAACGGAUAUAAUUUGGGUCAAGAAUUCCAUGAACGGCACUUGGUCAGCUUAGUGGUUUUCAUAUAUGCGUUUGGUGACAAUUAUUACGUUGAGUUUUUGUUUAGGUAACAUAACAACUAUAAAAGCAGCAGCUUUUCAUCAAACGGAGUGAGUUAUGUAUUGGUAAUUGUAUAUUAAGCUAUUGAGUUGCAUGUCUAUUUUACUUUAAAUGCAAUCGGCUUCUUUUUGUCAACAGCCCGUAUGAACUACAUAGUUAUGUGCAUAUAUGCUAGUACCAUGGCCUGAAAUUCACACGGUUUGGAGACAUUCGAACUUUAUUUCAUCUAUAAAUUACAGCUUUUGUUAAUGCUGAAUUUGAACUUAAAUAAAAAGUUAUUUUUCUCCAGGUUUUACUUGUUAUGAUUUAUUUUGUAUCUUUUGUUUGUUGUCACAUACCCAUGUGGGCACUGAGUACUAGAUAUGAAGUUUCGACGUGUAUUUGUUUACUUUUUGACAAAAAAGGAUGCCUCAACAUGUUGAAGAAACUCUGAAACAAGAAAGAAUUGUACUACCGAUAAAUAAUUGAAUGGAAACUUCAUAGGAUAGAAAUGACUUUAAUUUCAGUUAAAGUACAUCAUCAAAAAGCCAACCACAAUAACGUUUAUUUGCGCAGACAUCGACAGUGACAAAGACUUGAUGCUCACCUCCAUCAAGUUAAAGUACAACCGCUUCACCAAGAACCCUUGCUUAAGAUUCGAUUUAAAGAAACUGAAAGAUCCAGAGAUAGCAUAUACUUGUAUGUGGAUAGUUUGCUGUCCUGAAAAUCCUAGACAGUAUAUCGGCAUCAUCAACAAAACAUCAAUGAAGUCAAGCUGCCAUCGGCAGUGUAGUAAAGUUUCAUGUACAUUCGUCAAAGAGUUAUGAUGAUGUCGAUUAUUUUAAUGAAAAAUAGAAAUGCUGAUGGUGGUGCUGUUCGAUAAAAAUGUGAAUAAUUUCAUUUUAUUUCAUUAUUCAGUACGAACAGUAAUGGGCACGUUGUUGACAUGUAUAAGUUUGUGAUCUACGUUAAACAUUUAAGGAUUUAAACCAAUAGGAAAGACUACAAAAUACGACAGACAUUUAGAUGGUCUCAAAAAAGUUGAACUAAACAACAGCAAUACAUCGAUUUUAAUCACCGGCUACGGAGUGUUUUUUGCUCGGGGCAAAUGCUGUGAUCAUUACAAAAAUGAGCAGCAAGACAAUAGUCAAUAUAACCGCCGGAUAAAAUAGUUCGGAUUCAUAUUUAUUUCAAUCAAUUAUUUGUGUAUCAAAGCAGAUUUUGUUUUUCAGUUGUUACUUUUUUAUAGUUUGUUUCUCUGUGUAAACAUCUUCUUACGUUACAUUAUGAUAAACUCUGGUGAAAUUUCUUAUUCAGCUUGUUAACAAGGAUUUUUAUUCUUGGACAUCAAAUACGCUAUAGGACGCACCAAAUACCAAACAGUUGUUCUUACAAUGUUGAUGACUAUCUUAUAUAUAUGUAGAUAAUGAUCAUUAUAAUAAUCGAAGAAAAUA